CUUCCCUGCUCCCUCGCCGGAGACUUUCCUCCCGGCAUCUGCUCCUACUUACCCAAACUCCGCACUCUCCGUCUAGAUAACAAUCAUAUCCAUAAUGGUUUUCCAAUUGACGUCCUCAACUGCUCCUUCUUGGAAGAACUCAACAUGUCUUACUCAAGCCUCACCGGAACUUUACCUGACUUCUCACCUCUCCGGUACUCCCUCCGCUCUCUUGACCUCUCCAACAAUUUCUUUUCCGGUGACUUUCCGACGUCUGUCACUAAUCUUUCCAAUAUAGAAGUCCUCAACCUCAACCAAAACCCGGGUUUCCCGGUUUGGAGGUUGCCGGAAUCGAUCUCGAUGUUAUCCAAGCUGAGAAUUUUGAUCCUCUCCACCACUUCUUUGAGAGGAGACAUCCCGCCGUGGAUGAAACAUGACGUCACCACCGACCUUGAGCUGAGCGGUAAUCUCCUCACCGGUAGCAUUCCGGCAACUCUUGGCAAGCUUCACAACCUUCAGUUUCUUGAACUCUACUACAACCGCCUCAGAGUUAUCCCUGAGGAACUUGGCAACUUGUCCAAGCUUAUUGAUAUAGACUUAUCGGUGAAUCAGUUAACCGGCGAGAUACCGGAGAAGCUAUGUGAGCUGCCGGAGCUUCAGGUCUUACAGCUUUACAGCAACAAACUCACCGGAGAAAUACCAAUGGAGCUCAGUAACUCAACUACACUCACAAUGCUAUCAAUAUACCGGAACUCGCUAUCCGGUAGAGUGCCUCCGAUGCUCGGAAAGUUCUCGGGACUUAUCGUGCUUGAGCUUUCGGAGAACCAGUUUUCCGGUGAGCUUCCUGCUGAGACUUGUGCCGGAGGACAGCUUCUUUACUUCCUGACACUUGGAAACUUCUUUUCCGGCACUUUGCCGGAGUCUUUAGGAUCUUGCCUUAGUCUCAUUAGAUUCAGAGUGAAUGACAAUCACCUCACUGGCACCAUUCCUGAAUCCAUCUUUGGUCUACCGCAUGCCUCCAUUAUUGAUCUUGGCUUCAAUCAACUCCAUGGUUCUAUUCCAAAAAGCAUUGCUGGUGCCAAGAAUUUGACUGGAUUGUUCUUGCAAAACAAUCAGAUUUCAGGUGCAAUUCCAGUUGAGAUUUCUUUGGCUUCUGGAUUGGUGAAGAUUGAUCUUAGUAACAACAAGUUGUCUGGACCCAUCCCUGAAGAAAUCUCAAGUUUGAGUAAACUCAAUCAGCUGUCAUUGCAAGGCAACAUGCUUGAUUCACCAAUUCCUUCUUCACUCUCCUCCCUCAAGUCCCUCAAUGUACUCAAUCUUUCCAACAAUGCUCUCUCUGGUGAGAUUCCGGAAAGCCUGUGUCAGCUUCUUCCAAAUUCUUUGGACUUCUCGAAUAAUCGGCUUUCCGGCCAGGUCCCGGUGCCUCUGCUUAAGGAAGGUUUGAUAGAGAGUGUUUCCGGUAACCCAGGUUUAUGUGCUCCUGUCCAUCUCAAUGUCACAAGUGAUCAACUUCUUCUUCCUCUUUGCCCGCAACUCGAGCUUGCUGGAAGCCUCAACAAUGUUUGGAUCAUCGGUCUCUGCUUGAUGCUAUCGGUGUUUGGAAUUUUUACUCCUGGCAAAAGAUGGAUUAGUAAGUGGAACCAACAAGAGGAACAAGAGGGUAUAUCUUCUUCCUCUUCUUUUUCUUAUGAUGUUACGAGCUUUCAUAAGCUUAGUUUCGAUCAACAUGAGAUUGUCGAGGCUUUGAUCGACAAGAACAUAGUCGGACACGGUGGUUCAGGGAACCUUUACAAGAUAGAGCUAAGCAACGGGGAAUGGGUGGCCGUAAAGACGCAAGGUCUAGCUUACCUUCACCACGAUCUCUUGUUUCCAAUUGUUCACCGUGACAUCAAAACAUCGAACAUUCUUCUCGACGCUUCAUUCGAGCCCAAGGUUGCUGAUUUCGGCAUUGCAAAAGUCUUGCAAGCAAGAGGCCAUGACUACGAUUCCACCACCACGGUUAUUGCUGGCACUUACGGCUACUUAGCUCCAGAAUACGCGUACACAUUCAAAGCGACAACAAAAUGCGACGUUUAUAGUUUCGGUGUCGUGUUGAUGGAGUUGAUCACGGGAAAAAAGCCGAGCGAGCCAGAGUUCGGCGAAAACAGAGACAUCAUUCAUUGGGUGUCAAGUAAGAUUGCAAACAAAGAAGGGGAAACAGAGGUGUUAGACAAGAGAUUAUCUUGGAGCCCUUUCAAGGAUGAAAUGAUUCAAGUUCUUAGGAUUGCAUUAAGAUGCACCUGCAGCAGCCCAACUCUGCGCCCAACCAUGAAUGAAGUUGUUCAACUCUUAAUUGAAGCUGAUCCAUUCAAGUCUGAUGCCAUUACCUCACCAUCAUCCAAGUUCAAGUCGGCGAAAAACCCGACGUAACUGCCGGCAUUCGAAAGUACGGAAUAUUUACUUUUGCGAUCCCAGAUCAAAGUACAAAAUACGAAAUACGAAAUAUGAGAUAUCAAAUAUGAAAUAUGCAAUAUGCA